UGGACGCGGAGCGAUUUUGACGGUUUUAACUCAGCGCAGAUUAUUCGCUGUAAUAUACAUAAUAUAUCACCUUUGUACGGCAUGGAUGGAGAGGUGGAGGAAGAUGAUAUCUGGGAUGAAAAAUCCUUAAAGCAGCUUGAAAGAAAGCGUGGACAGUCGGCACGCAGAAAUGAAAAACCAACGAAUUUACCGCGCAAAAGCCCAAAAUCAAAGCGCACUGCCAAUAAUUUGAACAAACCUCAACGACGGUGUCGUUUGCAAGUCUCACAGAAAACAAAGACGGAUAAUUCUCAGACAAUCAUAAAGAACAGUGGGAGGAAACUAAAACGCAAGAGAGAAGAUUCCUCCAGUAGUUGCAAGGAAUUGAAUGAUGAGGACUCAACCUUCAGUCACCAAUUAUCUGGAAGCCAAGUUGACUCAGCUGUGGUUGACAACAAGAUCACACCUCAAAAGAGCAUCGUAGAUGGGUACUGCCCUAGAUGCCAGAUGCCUUUCGUUGCAUUGGUUGGAGAAUCUCCUGGGUGGCACGUCAGCGAUUGCUUGGGAAGGAAAUAUUCUUUCAUAGGUGAUUGUCCUGAAGGUGUCCACUGCAGAUCAACAUUUUCUCCUCAUUAUGAAAGAUACUCUCACAAGCUUUUGGCUUCUGUCAGGAGUUAUGGUCACAUAUACAGAGGAGAUGAAGGAGAAAGUAAUGGAAACAUAGAUAAUCUGAUGCACAAACAACAUGAAAGAGCAAUCAAGUCUUCAAGACAAUUGAACUUUUCAGAAAAACCAUUUUUGUCUGAAUCACUCCAUAAAGAUGAAGAUGAGUGUGAAUCUUCUGGGAGCCCUGGUGCUACAGUAGGUUUACCUUAUGGUAGAGCAAAUGGAGCAAUAGAAGCAGUACAAUUAGAUGAAAAUAAAACAUCAAAGGAAUUACUAUGCAAUAUUCAUAGUUCACCACAACAUUCAAACCUUGGAGAAUCUAGCAAAUCUCAUUCUUUGCCUCUACAAAGUGAGGCUUCAAUGACCAAAGUUGAGACAGGAGAUUUUCAAAUGUCCUCUGAUGAUGAUCUGUUUGGAGAUCUUGAAGUCUUGGAAAAUUUGUGUGAAAGUUCUUAUGCAGCAGAUCAGUUAACAAAAGACCAACAGAGUUAUCACAGUCUUGAAUGUGUUGAUGUGUAUGAUAAGCCCAAGCAGUGUUUUAUCCAACCUGUUGCUUCAGUUGUGGAGAAAAAGAGUAAAACAAGUGAACAUACAAAUGAGGCUGAGGUAAAUUUUACACCAAGUCCACAUCCUUUGGAUGUAAAGAAAAUUAAUGUCAAAGAAGAUAAUCUGGGUGAGCACUCAAGUAUAGGCCAGAAACAACAGUCAAUUUUGGCAUUUGUCAGAAAAGGGAAGGAAGCCUCUAAAUCAAAGACAUCUCUGAAACAAACUGAUAUAGGAGUGUUCUUUGGCUUGAAACCACUGAAGAAGCCAGCAAAAAAUAUAACAACUUCUCAGAAUGGUGCCAGAAUAACAAACUCUUCACAAUCACAGUCUGCAUCCCAAAGACAGGGUCACUGGGCAACAAGAAAAACAUUCAACAAUGAUCGUAAAAACACAGAAUUUACAACUGAAGGUCAAAGUUCAAGUCAAAGUGAAGGUCUAGCUGGUAGUAAUAGAACCCAGACUCAACGCAGUUGUCCAUUCUACAAGAAGAUCCCUAACAGUGCCUUUACUGUUGAUGCUUUUCGCUAUGGCAACAUUCCUGGCUGUCAUGCUUAUUUUUUGAGCCAUUUUCAUUAUGAUCACUAUAUGGGACUGAAUGGGAAAUUCAAAAAUCCAAUCUAUUGUAGCAAGAUCACUGCAAAUCUGGUGAUAUCCAAGCUGUGUGUUAAAAAAGAGUUUGUCCAUCCACUUCCCAUGAAUGCACCAACCAUUGUGGAAAAUGUUCAAGUUACACUUCUGGAGGCAAACCAUUGCCCUGGAGCUGUAUUGUUUGUGUUCCAGUUCUCUUCUGGCCAGACUUACUUACACACAGGUGACUUUCGAGCCUCUCCUGAAAUGGAAAGGUAUCCAGAGUUACAUUGUAAGAUUGAUGUCCUGUACCUUGACACCACGUACUGUGAUCCAAAUUACUCCUUUCCUCCUCAAGAGGAAACCAUCAACUUUGCUGUUUCAAAAGCUGUGCAAGCAUGCAAACAAAACCCAAAGACACUGAUAGUUUGUGGCUCAUAUACAAUUGGGAAAGAACGUGUCUUUCUUGCCAUUGCAGAAGCACUUGGAUGUAAAGUUUGUGUAGAAAAACAAAAGAAAAAGGUUCUGGACUGUCUUGAAUCCAAUCAAAUAAAUUCUCUGAUCACAACUGACUGGAAGGCGGGAAGAAUUCAUGUGUUGCCAAUGGCAAAGCUAACACUGCAGAAUCUAACAACAUAUUUGGGGGCUCAUAAGUCACAGUAUGCUGAACUCCUGGCAUUUAAACCCACUGGGUGGGAACACAGUGAAAAGCGAGAGGACUUGUCGAUGAUUAAACCUUCCAAGAGAGGAAAUGUGACAAUAUAUGGUGUUCCUUAUAGUGAGCAUAGCAGCUUCAGGGAACUGGAGAGAUUUGUUAAGUUUCUUCAGCCAAAGAGGAUCAUUCCUACUGUUAAUGUCCAUUCCGCAGAAAAAAGGGCUCAGAUGCAGGCCAUCUUCAACAGCUGGUUAUCGAAGGAUUCCUUAAAGUUUUGAGCAAUGUUAAGUCUUAAUUUAAUGGCAGGUUGUCAAAGAACAUGCCAAAAGAGAGAAAUAAUAUUUGAUGAUCGUCUAUGAAGCCUACAAAAUGUUAAGUAUUUUGUAAUUCCCAUGAAAUGAAAAAUUGUACAGUAGUAUUUUUCUAUAACCAUUAUUUAUGGGUAUUUUGUUGCAUCAAUCUUGAGAAUUGUUUACAGUAAGUACUCAAGAUAUAAUUCAAAUAUAGGUACAGCACAUAUGGAUAAGCAUAAUUUUUCUGUAUUUGAAGCUACAUGUAGCUGCUUUUAUGUUAAUAAGUUUAAGCUCUCAGUUGAUUUUCUGAUGCUUCAUUAUUUUAAAUGCACUCAGAUAGCCUUAUUUGAACUGGUGAAUGAAGGAACUCUUAUUUAUCCACAGAAGUGAAAUAUAUAUAUAUUCUUAUUGUACUUAUACUUACAUGUACUUAUUUAUACAUCACUGACAUAAAAUCAUACUUGACUGUAAAUCACUCUAAUUUUCUCACAAUUUAGACUAGAAGGACAGUGUCAGUAAUGAUUCUAGUUGGCUUAUCUUCAGAUCACAAUUAAUUUCAUACUAGACUAGAGUAUCUGAACUUUUUAAGAGAUUAGCCAAUAACCUGCUGAUCUGCAGGAACAUGUGAACUUUGCUUGUGGAGUGAUUUAGCAUUUGGAAGUUGAUUUUGUGUUCAGCUAUGUGGAAAAUAAACAACUUUGUUGGUAAAAGCAAAAUUAUAAAGGUUGUGUGAGUUUCUCAGGCCCUUAGAGCAUGUACAACCUAGGACCAAAAGUAAGGACUGUAUUGUAAAAUCAUAUUUGUUUCUUGCAAAGUUACUGGGCCUUCAGUUUCUAUAUGGUUCACAACCAUUUCUACUUAAAAUUACUUUUCAUCUGCAAGACCAUGUAGUUUUCAAAUUAAAAUAAAAAAAAAAUUGAGUGACAAUCAAAGUGUAAACUGAAUUCUGAGUCAGUUU